AUGGCUCAGGUAUCCGACACCUGGGCCCGGAGUCACAUGCCAGGAAACCCAACACUCUUGGGUCCCAGCCCCCAACUUCCAGCAGCUACGAGCAAACAGGGCUUCUGGAGGAGGAAGCGGGUCUCCAGAGCCCAGCAGCAGGGACCCUACAUCCAGGGAGAGGGCACCUGCACUGGAGAAGGCUCUGCCACCAACAGGGUAUGUGGCCUUUUCUUCCCCGGAUCCUACUCCACUCCAGGACUGUGCCAAUUUAUGGCCAUGCUCCCAACAGCAGGUCACCUUCUGUCCCUCCUGCUGGUGAUAGGCACAGGGGGUACUGUGCCCAGCCCCCGGGUGCCUCCCCGGGGCUGUUAUGUGGCAAAGGAAGCAGGUGAACGGACGUUCCGCUGCAGCCAGGCAGGCCUCAGUGCUGUGCCCUCCGGCAUCCCCAACGACACCCGCAAGCUCUACCUGGAUGCCAACCAGCUGGCAUCGGUGCCUGCUGGUGCCUUCCAGCACCUGCCUGUCCUGGAGGAGUUGGAUCUGUCCCAUAAUGCCCUUGCCCACCUCUCAGGGGCAGCUUUCCAGGGCCUGGAGGGCACGUUGCGCCACCUCGACCUCUCUGCCAACCAGCUGGCCUCAGUGCCCGUGGAGGCCUUUGUGGGACUACAGAUCCAAGUGAACCUAUCCGCAAACCCAUGGCACUGUGACUGUGCCCUCCAGGAAGUGCUCCAGCAGGUGAGGCUGGUGCCGGGCACUGGGACAGGCAUCGUGUGUGGCUCAGGAGCCCGACCGGACCUCGUGGGGCAGGAGUUCCUGCUGCUGGCAGGGGAGGAAGAGCUGUGUGGGUCGGGGUGGGGUGGGGCCCGGAGGAGCACUGAUGUGGCCCUGCUGGUCACCAUGGGGGGCUGGCUGACACUCGUGGUGGCUUAUCUGGUGCAUUAUGUGUGGCAGAACCAAGAUGAGACCAGGCGCUCCCUCAAGCGGGCCCCAGUGCUGCCCGUGCGUUCCGAGGACUCCUCCAUCCUCAGCACAGUGGUCUGAUGACCCAGGAUGCUCCUCCAGUCACACCCCACACUCCUGCCCCUAUGCCCUCUCCUUUCCUCUGACCCCCUCUGCCUCCUGUGCAGCUUCACCCCUGCCCCCAAGCCCAUCCCACCCCUCCCUCUUUUAUUCCCCCUAAAUACCUGUGCUGGCGCUCUCUCUCUCUC